AUGUCCUCCAACGACAACCCCCCAUCACCACCCGCCCAACCGCUCCCCUCCCCCUCAACCUUCGACACCACUACCCCCCCCUCUCAAGAAACCGACUGCCCCUUCUGUCACAUCUCCCUCACCUACCCCCCCUACCCCCCAUCCUCCCCCCCACCCCCUGAUUCCCUCUCCCCAACCCUAACCCAUCCCCACCCAUCAACCCACCUGAUCCUCUCCACCCCCCUUUUGAUCGCCUUCCUCGACAUAAUGCCCCUCUCUGUAGGCCACCUCCUCCUCUGCCCCCGCGCCCACCGCCCAAAAUUAACAGACGUCACCCCCGCCGAAUCCGCCGAGCUGGGGAAGUACCUCCGGAUCCUCUCGACAGCAGUCUCCAGAGCGACAGGCAUCAAAGACUGGAACGUGGUGCAAAACAACGGAGCGGCAGCGGCGCAGGUGGUGCCCCAUUGUCAUUUUCACAUUAUCCCCAGGCCAGAACUGAGGGAUAAGAGGAAUGAGAGGUUUACUAGUACCAUGUUUGGGCGUGGGCAGAGGGAUGAGUUGGAUGAGGAGGAGGGGGAGAAGCUGGCGGGGGAGAUUAGGGAGAUGGUGAGGGUGGUGGUGAGGGAUGAUGAGGAGAGGGAGGGGAGGGGCAAGUUGUAG